AAAUGUCUGGCAGUGCUUCAAGUAUUAAAACCAUUAUUGCUGAUGCCGAUUCCAGUGAUAAGGCCUCAACAUUUGGCAAAGCUUUACAAUAUUUGUCGAUUGUGUUGGUAAUUUUAACCGCACCCUUCAGUUUAUUCGUUUGUUUUAAGGUUGUGCAAGAGUAUGAACGAGCAGUCAUUUUCCGUUUGGGUCGUUUACUGCAAGGCGGUGCCAAAGGUCCUGGCAUUUUCUUUAUCCUGCCAUGCAUUGAUACCUAUGCUCGGGUAGAUUUGCGUACACGUACAUACGAUGUGCCACCACAGGAGGUCUUAACAAAGGACAGCGUUACAGUGUCUGUCGAUGCUGUGGUCUACUAUCGUGUAUCGAACGCGACCGUAUCUGUGGCCAAUGUGGAGAAUGCCCAUCACUCGACCAGGCUAUUGGCACAGACAACAUUACGCAAUACCAUGGGCACGCGUCAUUUGCAUGAAAUACUCAGCGAACGCAUGACCAUAUCGGAGGCAAUGCAGGUUUGU